AUGCCGCCACCACAACAACGAGGUCGUCCUCGAUUAACGGAAGCAGAAAGGAAGGCUUUGAUUCCUUCUUCCACUAUGGAAUUCGCCAUUCAACGUCGUUGGGCUGUUACUAUUUUCGUAUGCCUGCAAGCUAUGAAAAUUGCUGAUGUGUUCCGACGCUUCACAGCAGCAUAUCCAGAACAAUAUGAAGGCUUAGUAUUAAAAUGGUGGAUGCUCGAUGCAUUAUAUUUCAUCAUUCUCCAUAUUGCGAAGAUACCUUGGUUACAGUUUACACCCUUGAAAACAAUUUUUUUGAUAUGUGUCAUGCUUGUCACUAACUUUAUCCUUCUUGCCGUGCCUUAUCAAGGUGCUGGUUUGCAAGCAUUGUUUACAUUAUUUUUUGGUGACUCUUAUAGUAGACAAACGGCAGUUUCAAAAGCAAAGCCUGUAAAUGUCAAUGAUAUCGUGUAUAACUCUUCACACAUCUUGGGUCGACACACUGUCCAUAUUCUUCCCUAUGGCACCGCAAAGUUGAAUCCACAUGACGAAGUAUACUGUCUACCUACCUUAGAUCCCACGAAAGAAGAGGAGAUUUAUAUACCCAUCAUUCUGAACAAUACUACGCCGCGUACUGUCAGCAUAUCUCAUUUUGACUUUGAUACGAAAACUAACACGGUAGAAACUUAUUCUGGUCGAGACCUAAUACGCGCUACAGAAUUUGAACAGGCAGAUCAAGGAAUUCAAUAUUAUCACUUGCGCAUCAAAAAGCCAGGUGCUUACAAACUGGAUAAAAUUGUUGCAAAAGAUAACAUGGAUGUUAGAGUUUAUCAGCAACAAGCACUAGUAUUUACCUGCCCGUAUGCCCAAUUUAAGCCCAAACAACAUCAGUUGAAUAGCAUCACCGAUUAUUGUACGGGAGACACGGAACAAUUGCAGUUGGAAGUAAUGGGUGUUCCUCCUUUGAAAGUUAACUAUAAAAAAAUGACUAAUGAUGGAACAGUAAAUCCCUGGUAUAACGAUAAACUACUUCAGUUGGACCGUAUUCAGCCAGAAAAUUUUGACUCACCUCUACUUCGUACAAAAUCGCCAAAAACGCAAGAUCCAUCAUUCUUCAGUACAUCAGCCAUGAGCAAGCAUUUAGGAAGUAACCAUAAUCUUGAAUGGGCUGCUGUACAUAAAUUAGAAAUCAACCUCAAUAUGACAUUUGAUACAGCAUCUACGCAGAAAUAUUUUCUAACUCGUGUCAUUGAUGGCGUGGGCAAUGAAAUCGAUUUGAGUGAUGUCAGUUCUCAAAGCUUCCAAGUUCAUCCUCGCCCAGCUGUUCGAUUUCAAUGCAGCCAAACCGAUCCUGUCAGUUUAUUGAUUGGUAGUAAAUCAGUAUCUUUACCUUUAAGUUUAAAUGAUGGUACAGGACCUUUCUCAUUAGAAUAUGAGCACGGCGGUGAAAUACGUCAUAUUAAGCUUAAUGACCAAGCACGUUCCAUUGAAGUUCAUUCUCCCGGCGAAUACACCUUAAAAUCAAUCCGUGAUCGUUAUUGUCCUGGUGAUGUUUUGUUCCCUUCUAUUUGUCAAGUAACUCAGCCACCUUUGCCUACAGUUAAGGUACAAGGCACAGCUAUUCCUUCUGAUUGUAAUGCAGAUAGCGAAAUAGGUAUGAAGUUUGUUGCCGAAUUUUCAGGCGCUCCUCCCUAUGUCCUUGACUAUACAGUUGUCAAACACGGCGGUAGUCUGUCAAAGAAGAAAAUCAUUGAACACAAACGUGAAAGAAUCGAUCGCUCUCGUCAUAUCUUUUCUUACUUCCCCAGUUCAGCAGGUGAUUAUACUUAUGAAUUCAAUGUAUUGGAUGAUAAGCAUUAUAAGAAACGACCCACUGGUAUACAACCCUUUAAGCAAACCGUCCAUCCUCAACCUGAUGCUUACUUUACAAAACAGCAUACAUCUGUUCGAACCUGUCUUGGCGAAGACGUAACUGUAGACGUUCAGUUGCGUGGUACUGGUCCGUUUAAGCUUAGCUGGACUGUUGAUGAUCAAUUAUAUGCAGAUGUCGUUGAGAAAGAACGCUAUACUAUCAAUUUGCCACCGUUCGAUCGCCCUGGACAUCAUGUCAUAUCUUUAGUGGACAUUCGUGACGAUAAUGGAUGUGUGAAACAAUUGGAAGCUCGUGACUUUACUGUGGAUGUACGUCAAAACCGUCCUACUGCUUUCUUCUAUACCAAUCAAGAACUUAACGAAACUGUUCGUACUGUGACUAUCACAGAAGGAUCUACGGCUAACUUACCACUUCGUCUGACUGGUGAAGGCCCUUGGAAAGUAUCCUACCGUAAUGUGGAGAUGGGUGACCGUAGUAUUGUCAAAGAGCGCUUUACUGAUCCCAACGCUGUCGUAAAUGUUCGCCAUACGGGUCAUUAUGAAUUAUUAGAGGUUGAAGAUGCUAUUUGCAAGGGUGAUGUGCUACCGCCUCAAUAUUUGGUUCAAUACAUGGAUAAACCCACCUUGGCCAUCGAUGAAAGUGAUUCUGCCAACAAACGGGUUUCUCUAAGGCUAUAUCAACGCCGUGCUGUCUGUCAAGGUACGACUGAUGCAUUAGAUAUCCUGUUCACAGGUCAUGGUCCUUUCUAUUGCAGUUACAAGGAAUAUAAUCAAGGCUCUUUUAAUUUCCGACCAAUCGGUAUUGAAGAGGUACAUACUCCUAAUGAACUUGUGCAAGUAGCUCUCAGAACUGGCGAAGCUGGUGAUUUUAAAUAUGUCUUUAGCAAGAUUUCUGAUCAACUCUAUACUGAGCCUUUCAAUUUGGAAGGCGGUGCUUUGACCGUGGAGCAAACUGUCCAUGCUAUUCCUACUGUUAAAUUCUCCAAAAGUACUAUGAAGAAGGACCGUAAAGUUUGUGUUGGUGAUACACUUUCUGGGCCUGAUAUGGACUCCAUUGAGUUAGAAUUCACUGGUACUGCUCCUUUCACUGUCGACAUAGGCGUUCAUCUUGAAUCGGAAUUAACUGGUCGUGUUAUUACUCUCGAGAAUAUUACAAGAAAGAAUUACAGACUUCGACUGCCGGACGAGUUCUCGACAGCCGGCACUUGGGUCAUCAACUUACUCAAAGUAAAUGAUGCCAACGGGUGCGGUGGCAGCAUUCCUGUGGAUCAAUCUGACCGUCAAUUAUCCUUCCAAGCCUUAGAUAUUGCUGCCAUCCAACCAGUAGAUACAUGCCGUGAUAUCUGUGUCGGCGAUACUGUUGAUUUCAGUUUGAUGGGUGUCAGCCCUUUUACAGUUCAGUACAAGUUCAACGAUCGUUUGGAAAUGAUCAAAUCUCAUGGUUCAAAAUUGUCUAUGAUUGCCGAUAAACCUGGUAACAUCACGAUUAUGUCCGUGGGUGACCAAAGGAAUAAGUGCCGAUCUUUCCCUAAAGAUCUAACCAAGCAAAUCCAUGAAGUACCUUCUUCUUAUAUCAGUGGUGGCAGAGAAAUUAUUGAAAGUAUUCACGAAGGUGACAUGGUUCAAGCCGUUGUUGACCUUUAUGGUACACCACCUUUCGAUUUUGAAUGGCGCCGUAGCCGAUUAAUUUGGGACGAAAAGAAUAAGAAACAUUAUAAGGGUGAAGUGCUCGAGAGUCAUAAUGUCUACGGUGUACAGGAACAUCGUUAUUAUAUCAACACCUCGGUCGAAGGUAUCAUUGAGAUUGUCAGCAUCAAGGAUCGCUAUUGUCAAUAUCCAUUUUGA